CAUAUCCGCACGCUCACGCCAAAUGCACAUUUACUCCCCCACCCAAGCACCCUCACGCUCCUCAACCCGCCCCCCGCUGGCUGAGCGAGCAACCAUACAGAUACUCACACCACCCACCAUCUGCGUCACCCAGCGAGCACACCCGCCCGCGACACAUUCUGCGCGCGCGUGAGCAUUUACUCCCCUACCCAAGCACCCUCACGCUUCUCAACCCGCCCCCCCGCUGGCUGAGCGAGCAACCAUACAGAUACGCACACACCACCUACCAUCUGCGUCACCCCCCAGCGUCACCCAGCAAGCACACCCGCCCGCGACACAUCGUGCGCGCGCGGACGAUACACAGAGAGAGAGAGAGAGACACACACACAUACACACACACACACACACACACACACACACACAUAGAGAGAGAGAGAGAGAGAGAGAGAGAGAGAGAGAGAGAGAGAGAGAGAGAGAGAUCGCUGGGUUGCUGCGUGUGGUUUAGUGUCCAUGGUCGAUCAAGCACCCCUGGCGGCCAGCUACAGCUACAGGGACGCUAACGCCUUGCAUGGCUUGGCUCUGCCGGGAGGGAACAGGCUCCUCCUCCGCGACAAGGACAGGACAGAGGAUUACACAAUAGGAGCAGGGAGAGGCGACGUGAGAAUCAAGAGGGCAAUAGGAGAAGGAGGCGCAGGAGAGGAGGCAGACAGGGAGGAGGCGAAAAGCUCAGGGGGUGAUAAUGACAAUAAAGAUAAUGACAAUAAACAUGAUGAUGAUGAUGAUGAUGACGACGACAAGAAUGGUGAUAUGAAUCGUUGGAAUAAGGAGACUGGGGAUGGCGAUAAUGAUGAUGGUAAUGAAUCGUUGGAAUCGUUGGAAUCACCUCAUAAUGCCGCUGUCUAUAAUGAUGAUGAUGAGGAGGAGGAUGAGGAGGAUGAGGAGGAGGAGGAGGAGGAGGAGGAGGAGGAGGAGGAGGAUAAUGAUGAUAGCAAUGGCGAUAUGAAUUACUGGAAUCAGAAGACUGGGAAUGAAGAAAGGGAAGAUGAUAACCUAUUGGGGUCUGGACGGUACAGUCUAUUGGGAUGGCGAGUAGUGAGCAGUGCAACGAGGCCCUUGAAUGGACGAGUGGUGCAAGAGGAAGAGGGAGGUAGAGGACGGGAGAACAAGAAGUGGGAAGGUUCAGCAAACUCAACACCAUUUCUGCACAUCUCCGCAAAAACGCGUCCAGAUUCAGGCGUUGAGGGUUUAGAAACUGUCGGAUGUCCCAUUGGCGCGAUGUAUGUCCCGAGAAAAAGGCGGUCGUCCGCCAGCCCGCGGAGUAGCGGAGCUGGGCCGUCGAUGUUAUACGGGAGCAGCGAUGGGGGGGGCAGUGUGAGUGGGAUGGAGGACGAGGAAGGGAGGGGGGUGAAGGAGGUGGAAUCGAAGGGUAGGUUUGCUUUCUUGCUCGAUGCAGCAGCUGAGCAAGCAGAGAAGUGUGGUCUUGAUCUGCAGAGGGAUCUGGAGAGGAGGAGGAGGAAGCCGUCCUCUUCGUCGCAGCUACGACGGAAGUCGGAUGAGGGUAGGAGCCCGAGCAUGGGGCACCUCACAGUCCCGGGUUGUGAUGGCUGCGGCAGCGGCGGGAGCGGGGGGAGCGGGGGGAGCGGGGGGAGCUGGGGAGAGGUGGGUGUCGGGGUCCGGCGGACGACAACGCGAGACAGGGAGUUGGUCUCCACCGGCGGCGCCGGUGUACCUGGCUCGCGCCUUGGUCCAGGACCAGACGAACCGGUCGUAAGUCAGACCAGGAACAACAUGAUGAUCAUUCCCCUCGAAGAGAGGAACAACAUGAUGCUGACUCCCUUGGAAGACAGGAAUGACGCUGGCCCUUGCCUUACGCUGGGGUUGGGCAAGAUGGGUGACGACGUGUGUGACCUGAACAGCAGCAGGCCAACGGUGCAAGACGAUGAAGGGGGGAGCCGCGUCGCCGGGCCAACAGGGGUCGGUUAUACACAUCUAGAUGUCAGAGGAAGCCGGUCACCUGCGGAGACAGCAGUUGUGUCGGGAGUUGCAGACGACGGAGCCAGAGGUAUAGGUGCGGACGAGAGUUACCGUGACCGUGACGGAGGCGGUCAAGGGGUGAACAGGUCGUGCAGUCAAAGACAGACGAGGGCUUCCGUCAAAGCAGCGGAGGAAACGUGCAUGCGGGAGUCUGAGUGCGGUGGCGAGGAGCAGUGUUCCUCUCGCCGAGCUUUCCAGAGAAGAAGACAACACGCCGACCACGCAAUGAACAAGCGAAAGCGAGGAGGUCAGGCAACCGACAACCCUUGCAGCAUCGAAGACUGUGGCAUUGAGCAAAUAAAAGCUUGCAAACAAGAUCUGAUGGCUUUGGAGAAGGCACUGGGACCAUUACAUCCUGAAGUGGGCAAAGCGCUACUUGUUUGUGCGAAGAUUAACUUUCACAAGAGGAGGAAGCUGGAGGGUGAGCAGUGCAUCCUGCGCUCCUGGCAGGUGUUGAAGCACAAUGCAAGGCUCAUGGGCCAUCCACAGGAACGAGUUGCUGACUGCUUAGAAAUGUUCCUGUGGAUACUGGAAGACAUGAGAUGCAGCCCAUGCGAGAUUUCCAAAAUACAGGAGGAGAUGCAGUUGCUUAGGGAGCAGCCUCAUCAUCAUCAACACCUGCACCAGCAUCAGCAUCAUCAUCAUGAGGAGCAGCUCCACCACCUCCACCAAGAACCUGAGCAUCACUCGCCGAUUCAUGAGGAGAGGCGGUGGCUUUGACAUUCUACCCUCUUUCACCAUGGCUGCGAACAUGCGAUGAUACUAACUGGUGAUCCGGUUCUCCGCCUUUUGGCAUUCUCCGCGUUGGCAUCCUGGGCUUAGCUCGAAAGGUCAUCCUUGGGUGUCCGGAAGGCCUUGACUAGGUCCUCCUUCUGCCUCUGUCGACGAUGCCAUUCAUCUGAAUCGAUCCAUAGCUAAGGUAUGUUUGUUAUGCCCCUCUUUCACAGCUACUGGCCAGCGUUGCUUAACACGGAAUGAAGAAUGCUUUGAAUGAGUGGGCUCAGCAACAUGCGCCGGAAUGCGGAGUUAUCUUCUGUUGCUGAGAACAUCCUGAUUGCUUGUGUGCUAUAACUAUCGGAUACCAAAUGCAUUGGCAUCAGUGGUUGAUUGGUCAUGGGAUGGAGCAAGCACAAGGAGGGGAGGAUGAAGAAUGAGAGAGAUGAUGUGUGCAUAUAUGACUGAGAAUACGGAAUAGCCAGUUUUUGGUAGGGAGGUAUAACAAAGGAGUGCAGGGACAGUCAGGGAGGACCCCCCCCCCCCCCCCACACCCCCACAACCCCCAACCACCACCACCCCCAACCACAACAACCAAACCAGCUCUACCACUACUUGAAGGCCAUGAAACUACACAGCUGAACUCAUAUGUUGAUCAGGGUACUAGGGUGGUUGACAGGUGAUUCUGAUUAGCCCAGGCAGUUCGUUCUGUUGGGGGGAAAAGUUUCACUCCGUGGAGGACGGUGGUGAUUUUCGUUCGUGCAUGUGUGCACGUAGUGAUGUAAUGCAUGUGUGCCUGAGGGGGUGGCACACAGAGAAAUAGGGGCGAAGGUGGAUAGAGGGGCAAGAAGAGUGUGUGUCAGACACACACAGACACAGAGCGAGAGAGAGAGAGAGAGAGAGAGAGAGAGAGAGAGAGAGAGAGAGAGAGAGAGAGGGAGAGAGAGAGAGGGCGAGUGCGUGCGCCGCACAUGUUUGUGUGUUUGUAGAAUUGUGUCAAAUUGUCAAUCAAUCGAUUGUUUAUUGUAUAGAGCCGCGCCUGAUGAUGAUAAACCUGGCUCGACGUUAUUGUGCGUUCAUUGAGAACUGUUGUGUUAUUACCAUCAAAUUUGAAAGGGGGAGGGGAAUCGCUAGAGGCAAGGAGGACAUUUAUCCCAGAGUAGAGUAGAGAAUUAGAUGGAAUUCUAAGAAGGCAGGUGAAACUUUGACACAUUGAGGGAGUUUAAAUAUGUUGUGUUUGGGCGGAGAAGUGCUAUGGAUGUCUGGGUCAGGAGGCGUGAUGUUGGCGCAAAGGGUUUACGGAGGAGGUGGGGAGGCCUUUGUGGGCCGACAUCGUUGCCAAAGUCUCAGGGUGUGCUGACACUAGUGCUAUGUUGAAUGUGUCUGACCUCAUUUACGGCCGAACAUGUAUGCAUCUGGCCGCAUUUCUGUCCAGAAACAAGUGAAAAAGUUCUAGUGCAAUGUUGGCUAGAAGCAAUUGCCAGAAUCAGUUGUCAACACUCUUGAUUGUGUGAAUGAGUAUGUAAUUGAGGAAGGUGCGGUGACAAGGUAUAUAUAGGUGUGUGACACUUGCGCGUGCGAGCGCUCAGCUAGCCAGGAACAGAGGAUGAAUCGAUCCGCCAUAGGAUAUGCUGUCUCAUCUGAUCCGGUAUUUCAUAGCCACAGUGGCGAUACAGAGAGAGAGAGCCACAGUAGCAACACUGUGCUGUACCCUCAAUGCCCCUCAGCAGCACUGGACUCUCUCGAAAUAGAUGCUAGGAACACAGAGUGGGGUGCUCUUGAAUUUUUAUUCCUCUCGAGCAGUAGUUACUCGGACACUGUAUCAUGGCUGAUCGGGGAUAAGAGAUGGGAACGGUGCUAGUUGGUUUCUCUCGUCAUCGUCAAUGCCACGGCAUGUACAUGUGCAUUUCCCUGAGUGGAUAUUGAGGUGAUGAUUGUGAAGACACGCUCAGUGGCGCAGGGUCCAAGUUUCAGUCCUUCGUUCAACGCGCCCAUGCUGCACAUUCACAGUCAGCUUUCAGGAAUGCAAGGGCGAGGUACGUGGAAGCAUGUGAUGAUGUGGUAGAGAAUUGAAUACAGUGUGCUGUCUGGUGAAGAGAGAGGCCAAUGGUCAUUCACCGUGUGUUGUCAUUGUGACCUGUUCGGGAGGAUGCAACUUGGUGGAGAGCGAAGGUGACGAUGGUCUGGCUUGUUGAUUGGCCUGGACACCCCUGCAACAACCUUAAAUACACUGCUUGAUGCAUGCUGACUGCACCAGCAUGCAUCCUCGAGGCCUGAGAAGGUAUGAUUUAGUGCGUCGUACACGUUUGACAAAUAAUUUACCGCAGUGGCAUGUCCGUGUUGCUCCGCUAAUUUGAUGUUGUACUUUUUGUCAUGAAAAUUUAUUUGAAUAAAGUCAGAUGUUGAAUUGUCCCAAGUGAGUGUUUCUGAAAGGGAGUCCACAGGUUCUGUGAAUAACCGUCUGUAGGGAAUGAAGACGCGGUGUUGAG